ACUAUUGUAAAGACAGGACUCUUGUCGCGAGGCUUUUUCAGCACCACGGGGAGCGACCGCGCCGCCUGCAUAAUUAAUCCAUAAAGAACUAAUACAAUCCUCCGCCCAGCCGUCGCGCUAUUGGCUGCCUGCUAAUCUACUUCCUGAUUUGUUGCUGUCAGUCUCUCCCCAAAUAAAUAGUAAUGUACCUGUAACAGCGUGUACAGGUUGCUAAAGAGAUUACGUUUCUGCUUUAAAGGUCCUGAAGACUGGGACAAACUGAGCAAUUUUGAUUUGCGGCACCGACAGUAUCAAACGCCUCGCGGACUAAACGCUUUGCCUGUGGUUUUGAAGAAAAGUUUUGAAAUGAAUCUGAACUACACAUCUCCGAUCCCCCAGAUGCCGUCUCAAAGGUCAACGUCGUUCUUCAUUGAAGACAUUUUACUACAUAAACCUAAACCUUUGCGAGAUGUGUUUUCGUCGCCGUUUUCAAACUCUCUGGCGUCCCGGAUGCCUCUUUUAGAAUAUGGAUAUCCUCUCAUGCCUACACCAAUACUGGCUCCUCAUCCGCAUCAUCCGCUACACAAACCUGAACACCAUCCUUACUUUUUCACUUCUGGAAUGCAGAUGCCUGCGUUAUUUCACCACCACCCAGAAUUACCAGGGAAACAUUGCAGACGCAGAAAGGCAAGAACAGUGUUCUCAGACUCACAGUUAUCCGGACUCGAGAAACGAUUUGAGGUCCAGAGGUAUCUCUCCACACCUGAGCGCGUGGAACUGGCUACGGCGCUCAGUCUUUCGGAAACACAGGUAAAGACGUGGUUUCAAAACCGGAGGAUGAAGCAUAAAAAACAGCUGAGGAAAACACAAGACGAGCAGAAAAAUCCAAACGACGUAGACCGAUCGCUGGACACCGCGAGCGACAGUGAAAUGCACGAGAAAAGUACAGAAGACGGUAAAAACGGCAUGAGUCCGGACAGAUACACGCUGGAUGAAAAUGAAGAUGAUGUCGAUAUUGAGGAUGACAUUUGCUCUCCUGAACAUUUACUCUAGUAUUGUUAAAUCUCAUUUAAUGAAAAGUGUACAAAUUAAUUACAAUCUUUUAGAUAGGAAAUUACAUACAAUUUUUUAUUAUUAAUUUGAAAAUAACAUAAAUUGAAUUGUUCAAGCGCUUAUGAAAUCUGGACACAGCUUAAAACAAUGAAGCAUGUGUAUUUAUUAUUAUUAUUAUUAUUAUUAUUAUUAUUAUUAUUAUUAUUACUAUUAUUAUUCACAACAACAGUCUGGCUUUGUGACCGAAUCCUCUGACCAUAUUUGUAAAUGUGAAACGAAUGGUACGUAAUGUACUGAUAAUAUGUAAAUGGAGUUAUGAUAAUACUUGUUAAAUAAUCAUUCAAAAGAUGUAACAAUUUCCAUUCCAAUUUUAGUGUCACAUUUUUAGCACUUUCGCAGGACGAUGAUAUUGGCAUGUUGACUUACAUAUUUAUCAAACCUAAAAACUGUGAUUUGUCAUUUGAAAAUCAAAUAAUGUAUAUAAACUAUGUACAUUGAGUAAAAUAUCUAAGACGAUUCUUAAAUUAAUCAGCUGUGCCUUGUUUUAUUUUAUUUAUGUUUUAGGUCUACAGGUUUUAGUGCUUUGAAUGUUCAAGGAGUUCUGCCUAGCACAUUUCUGGUUAUCACAAUUUAGUUAUUCAUUUUUAUGCUUAUUCUAAAAUAACUUUAAUUAAAAUAAUAAUAAUUUCGU